CCCAAUUCUAAAAAGCUUCUAAGUCACCGUUCGGUUUGUAGCUUUUUCCUCGCUCUCUCGCGAGGUUAUAUCCUUUAUUCACCAUGGCUGAGACCACCCAGGCUCAACCUCAAACCCAGGAGGUUGACUACACCCUCAACAACCCCGAUACCUUGACCAAGUACAAGACUGCCGCUACCAUCUCGCACAAGGUUCUCGAGGCCGUUGGAUCAUGGUGUGUGGAAGGUGCCAAGAUCCUGGAGCUCUGCCAGAAGGGUGAUAAGCUGCUCGACGAGGAGCUCGCCAAGGUCUACAAGGGCAAGAAGAUCCAAAAGGGCAUCGCUCACCCCACCACCGUCUCCCCCGACUCCUACGUGACCCCGUACACUCCCCUGGUCUCGGAAGCCGAGGAGGCUGAGGUCACCCUCAAGGCCGGCGAGGUCGCCAAGAUCCAGCUCGGUGCCCAGAUCGAUGGCUUCGGUACCAUCGUUUGCGACAUGGUCAUUGUCGCCGACAAGAACGCCUCCGACGAGGUGACCGGCCGCACCGCCGACCUGAUCCACGCCACCUACUACGCCAACGAGCUUCUGCUCCGAUUGAUGGUCCCCGCCGGCCUCCUGGCCAGCGGCACCGACGAGGAGAAGCAGAAGGCCGCCGCCAAGAAGGCCCCCUCCCAGGCGUACAUGUCCUCCCUGAUCGAGAAGAUCGCCAAGAUCUACGGCUGCAACGUCGUCGAGAACACCACCACCUGGCAGUUCGAGCGCAACGAGAUUGAGGCCGAGAAGAAGAUCAUCCUCUCCCCCAACGCCGGCGUGCGCGGCGACGGUAUCCCCGACGUCGGUGAGGUCUGGGGUGUCGAGAUGGGCCUGUCCCUGGGCUCCGGCAAGGUCAAGAACCUGCCCCUCCGCGCCACCCUGCACCGCCGUACCACCACCACCUACGGCCUGAAGCGUCCCAGCUCGCGACAGACCCUGUCCGAGGUCGUCAAGAAGUUCGGCCACUUCCCCUUCAGCUUGCGCCAGCUGGAUGACGAGAAGGCCGCCAAGGUCGGCGUUCUCGAGUGCGUCCGUGGCGGUGUCCUGCGCCAGUACGAGCCCGCCGGUGAGGCCGACAACUCCCCGGUCUCCCGUUUGCUCACCACCGUUGCCAUCACCAAGAACGGUAUCACCAAGCUCGCCGCCCCCGCCGACCCCGAUCUCAGCAAGUUCAAGACGGACAAGAAGAUUGAGGACGAGGAGAUCCUCGAGAUCCUCAACCGCCCGCUGAACAAGUCGACCGGCAACAAGAAGAACAAGAGCAAGAAGAAGAAGACCACCGGUGCCCAGGAGUAAAUGUCCCAUGGACUGAGCCACCUCGAUCCGAGCCCGGAUCGUCGGAAGGGAUGUGCGCCAUUCCUCCCAGUGCUUUUUCCCCGGGGAAAAUCAAACUGUGGAGGGAAGCCGAUGAAUCCUGGUGUCUUCGACCUCCGGACCCAGGCAGAGAGCUAGCUUCUGAAGGAUUCCUGGUGUGGGAGGAAAUGAAGCUUACAUAUGAAACCCUUGUCUUUUUUCUACCACGCCAUCCUGUAGGAGUGAGUGCCUUUACAUAAUUAUGUCUGAAAGGGAAAUAUAUCCUGUAUGAAGUGGACAUGAAAAUCAAAGCAAAAAAAUGAAGCUACAUGAAU